CCCAACCCAAAGCUUCGCACAUUCAGCUGAUGCAACAACCCCACUUGCUUUUGAAACUAGCCAGCCGUGGUUGCUACUGGGGUAGUUCAUUCCUGAAGUGGUUCUCCCUCCCAUAAACGGUUUCUGCUCCCCACCUUCGCCUCAAGUUACCAUAUCCUCCCCUCCAAUGGAUCUCUUAGCUUUCAGAUUCGCACCGCUACUUUCAGCGCUCAUUGUGACGGUUACCUUAGCAGCGGCAUUCCAAGUAGCCCUUGCAGCGGCAGCACCAGCGGCGGCAACGACGGCUGCAACAGCAGCAGCGGCAGGGACAGCGUCUGUGAGCGCGCCGAUGAACGGCACUCAGUACCGCACGGCCGCUCUGGCGUGCAGCAAGUCGACGCUCGCUGGCUUCGCGAAGAAAGUUACUCUCAAGCCGAAGCUCCAAUUCCACUGGAAAAUCGUCGGAACGACGCUCUACGGCGCAAUCGUUGCGCAGGCAGGCGGCGGGGCGAAGAAUGGGUGGAUCUCCAUCGGAUGGACUCGGAGCGCAGGGCAGAUGUACCCUGCAGAUGCCGUCGUAGGGAAUCUCCCGGCGCCGACUCGUGUGAAGGCGUAUGCCAUGAAAGGCUACAGCACAUCGUCGGUUGUGCCGUCGUCCGCGUUCAGAGUAACGGAGACGUCGGUUACGAGCACUGCGUCGGCCACGAUUAUCAAAUUCACCCGGAGUGGCAAGACAGGCAUCUCACCAAUCAACUAUGCAGGCAUGAACAACAUAAUAUGGGCCCACUCCUACUCAGGAUCCUCCAAGAUCCUUGCCGACCAUGGUCGGAACGAGGGGUCUGCAAGCAUCAACUUGGCGUGCAAAGUCUAAGAAUUGGAUGUAGGCCAAUUGCAAUAUGCAUACUUCCAUUACAUAUGUGUGGAAAAUGUAUGGAAUAUUCCACCCUAUGUGCAGUAUCCAUUCCUCUCAAUAUGUUUUGUGACAUGACAUAAAGGGCCGUGUACCAA